AUGAGUUCUUUGGAUGAAGAUGAAGAGGAUUUCGAAAUGCUGGACACGGAGAAUCUUCAGUUCAUGGGGAAGAAGUUAUUUGGUAAAAAGGUGGGUGAGGAUGAAAGCGACAAUGUUGUCAAUAGGGAGAGCAUCCCGACUAAUAAACUGAAAUUCUAUCCGUAUUCGAACAAUAAACUGACAAGGAGUACAGGAACUUUGAAUUUGUCAUUAAGUAAUACUGCCUUGUCGGAGGCUAACUCGAAGUUUCUUGGAAAAAUAGAAGAAGAAGAAGAAGAAGAGGAGGAAAAGGAAGAGGAAGAGGAAGAGGAAAGCGUGGAUUCUCGUAUUAACAGGUGGUCUCCUUUCAAUGAAAAUGAUAGUGUUAAUACUCCUGUUGCAAAGAGGUCCGUGGAUGGAACAAAUAGUCCCACCUCCCUUAGGCAGUGGAAUCAGCGGUGGUUUCCGAAAAAUCAUGCUCACAGUGAAAACACAUCCUCUUCCUCUUCGUAUAGCGUGGCUAAGCCAAACAUGUCUGCCUUCACGUCUUCGGGGCUCAUAUCCAAAAUGUCUAGAGAUUCUUCAUUAUACCCUGCGAAAUUAAGGAUACCAGAAACACCAGUGAAAAAAUCUCCCUUAGUGGAGGGAAGAGACAAUAAUCAUAUCCACCUUUCGAGUUCGAAAAUUGCAUCAUCUUCUAUGAGCGUUUCUCCCCUGAAUUUUAUAGAUGAUAAUAACCUACAUGAAGACCUUUUAUUUUCGGAUUCUCCAUCUACGAAAGCCUUACCUUCCAUUCAUGUGUCUGCUAUAGACUCAUCCCCACUGAGUGAGGCCAGAUAUUAUUCUCAUGACCGUCAUAACAAUCAGACCAAUAUUCUGUCUCCUACUACUAGCUUUGUCACAAAUAAUUCUCCUCAAACAUUGCAUUCCAACAAGUUCAAAAAAAUCAAGCGGGCAAGAAAUUCUGUUAUAUUGAAGAAUAGGGAGCUAACAAACAGUUUACAACAAUUCAAAGAUGACUUAUACGGUACUGAUGAAAAUCUCCCACCUCCCAUUAUAAUAUCAAGUCAUCAUACAACCAGAAAUAAUCCUCAACCAUCUCAAUUUCGUAGCCGUUAUGACAAUGAUAAUGACGAAGAAAUUUCUACUCCAACAAGACGAAAAUCUAUCAUGGGGGCAACACUCCAAGCACCGAGAGAAACUAAACCGUUAUCGUUAUCUUCUGUCAUAACAAAUACAUCAAAUGCCGAGACGCAUUCUAUUUCCUCCACAGAUUCUUCGCCUUUAAACUCCAAAAGACGUCUAAUAUCUUCCAACAAGCUUUCUGCAAAUCCAGAUUCGCACCUUUUCGAGAAAUUUACAAAUGUACAUUCUAUUGGUAAGGGGCAAUUUUCCACAGUAUACCAAGUUACGUUUGCUCAAACAAAUAAAAAAUAUGCCAUUAAAGCCAUUAAGCCAAACAAAUAUAAUUCCUUAAAACGCAUCUUACUUGAAAUCAAAAUACUAAAUGAGGUGACGAAUCAAAUUACAAUGGAUCAAGAAGGUAAAGAAUACAUCAUUGACUAUAUUAGUUCGUGGAAGUUUCAGAGUUCUUACUAUAUUAUGACACAGUUGUGCGAAAAUGGUAAUUUAGAUGGUUUUUUACAAGAACAAGUUAUCGCAAAGAAAAAAAGACUGGAAGACUGGAGAAUUUGGAAAAUUAUAGUCGAGAUAAGCCUGGCUUUGCGGUUUAUUCAUGAAUCCUGUCAUAUUGUCCACUUAGAUUUGAAACCUGCUAACGUCAUGAUCACGUUCGAAGGAAAUUUGAAACUAGGUGACUUCGGAAUGGCUACCCAUCUACCUUUGGAAGAUGAGAGUUUCGAAAACGAAGGUGAUAGAGAGUAUAUCGCACCGGAGAUUAUUUCAGAUUGUAUCUAUGAUUACAGGGCAGACAUUUUUUCUCUGGGUCUAAUGAUCGUUGAAAUUGCGGCCAAUGUUGUGUUACCAGAUAAUGGUAAUGCUUGGCAUAAGUUGAGAUCGGGAGACUUAUCAGAUGCAGGGAGAUUAAGUUCCACGGAUAUUCAUUCCGAAUCACUGUUUUCAGAUACCACGAAAGUGGAUACCAAUGAUUUGUUCGAUUUUGAAAGAGAGAAGGUUAACAAUAAUAAUAACAACCCUGCCUCCAAUACUGCUUACAGUAAUGGCAAUAAUGAUAAUCCUGACAGCAAUAACAAUAGCAAUGAUAAUAGUAAUUCUGCAGGAAGUACAAAAAAUCGUCUUGUUUUGCAUAAAAGCUCUAAAAUUCCAGCAUGGGUGCCGAAAUUUCUCAUUGAUGGUGAGUCACUUGAGAGAAUAGUACGAUGGAUGAUAGAGCCCAAUUAUGAGAGAAGGCCUACAGCAAAUCAAAUUUUACAAACUGAAGAAUGCUUGUACGUAGAAAUGACUCGUAGUGCAGGUGCCAUUAUUCAGGAAGACGAUUUUGGGCCCAAGCCAAAGUUUUUCAUAUGA